AUGACUCAGGAACUUGACCUCAGUGUACUAAAGGGAUUGGAAAGACAAGUUGUUUUAGAUGUCCUGAACCGUGAUCAGAUGUUGAGGAAGGUGGACGAAGAACGAAUAAGGUAUGUGGCCAUUUUGGAAUACAGCGUGCCAUUGCAUCUCCCUGUUUUAUUUACUUCUUUUCAUCUAUUCUUUGCUAAAGUCUUUUUCUCAGCUUCUUUGUUAGACCAUUAUGGUGAUUAACUUCUAGAUUACAGUAAAUACUUUGCAGGAAGAAAUUUAUUGAAUGGCUUUGUCAUGACUAUUCUUAGAAUAGUUUUGUAUAUUCCCUACUCCUUGCACUAAGGGUGUUUUCAGAUGGGUGAUUAUUGUGCAUACUCCUCAUGCAUGCAGCUCCGCCCCCCCCCCCCCCAGCAUUCAUAUGAUGUUGGCAUUAAAAUGUGAGCCUAUAUUCCAGUCUAAUCCAGAUGUAUCUUUUACAGCAAGCACAUAAAGUCGACCUGCUAGAGUUUUUCCAAGUUCCUGCCAAGGGCUCUUAGCAAGAUUUGUAAAGCAAUUAUGAUGUUUCAGUAUGGUAGGAAGGUUCACUAGUAAAUUCCUCCAACCCCCUUUUUAAAAUUAAGGUGGUUAUCUAGGAAAGCAACACAGAAGGAAGUCCCACUCAUUCAUCUCCAUAGGUCAGCCAGUUAUUUCAGCAUGGUAUUAUAUUGUUUAAAUGUGGUAGAAGGUGAAAUUACAGUUAACCUCUUGUUUUUGGUUUACAUUGGCUAUUCGAAUUAAGCGUAUUAUUAAUGAAAGUGAAUUCAUCCAGCUACUUAGAGACUGCAGUGUGAAUAAUUGUUCAUUUUUUUCACUCCCACCUGAUAAAACGUUUGCAUAUUCAUUUAUUUUUUUCUGGCUGAGAACAGGAAACUGAAGCUGCAGCUGCAGGAACUUCGAUGGAAAGGGACAAAAAACACAAACCUGGAAUAUAAGUCUUGUGCCCGCUGUCAGAAACCUCUUGGGGUGCUAAUCAACAGAGGUGCAGUGUGCAAUGGGUGCAGUCACCAAGUAUGCUCCAGAUGUCGCAUCACUUUGAAUCGCUACCUGUGGAAAUGCACUGUCUGCUACGCUCAUGAGUGAGAAAUUCUAGAGAAAUUGCUCAGUAAUAUUUGCAUUGUGGGUGUUUAUGCCUUAGUUGCAUUGGUCAUGAGGAUCAGGUCUGUAGGAAUUUCACAGCAGCCCUCUGCUGUCAAUGAAGAAGGAGACAGAGGCAGCAUAUACUUUGGUGGGGAGUAGGACAGUGUGGUCCAAUGCCCGGCCAGAGGACCACAUGCAGCCCUCAAGGGCUUUUUUGGAGGCCCUUGGCAACAUUUCACACACACACACACACACUCACACACACCACAGCAGCCCUCCCACUACCUUCCAAAAGCUGGGUAAGCAAAGUGCUGGGCUUUGGGAAGGAGACCUGAGGGCUCUGUCAGGGUCCUAGAGCCCUCUCUCCACCUUCCCAAAGCUUAGUUAGCGCUUCCCCAGCUUUGGGAAGGAGGCGGGAGGGCUUUAGAACUCUGCCAGAGUCUUAUAUCCUUCCCAAAGCCCGGCCCCAGCACCUCACUUAUCCAGGUUUGGGAAGGUAGUGGAAGGGCUAGGUAGGGGGGCAUCAAAUUUUGGGCUCACCUCCCCCCUCCGUGCGACAAGGCAGUGUCUAAGGAGGUUCACACAGCGGGCACACUGGCAAUAUUGCUGUGGAAUUAACACACAACACUUGGUAGUCAGAGCCAUGGGACUCCUUUGCAUGCACCUUCAGUAGGAUGGGAGUUUCUUUCCUGUAAUGUAGUGUAUAUUUGAAGACUUAAUUAAAAAAUGAAAUGAAAAUGAAAGCUAAGAUUCUCAGGAAGUUGAAUUCUAUGCCCAGUACCAAAUUCUAUGGGUUUUCUAUUCUUGUGCAUAGUCUGGAAUGUCCUUCUGGGUUAUGUAACAGUUGAGGUUCCAACGCGGUAAUGAUGGAGUUUUUGUGAUAAACCUACAGGUGAUUUUCAAAAUCCUUCAGUAAAAGGUUCAAAUAUUUGUUUUGCAGGGAACUUAAAGUGAAAGCAGGCGAGUGGUUCUUUGAGCAGCGAUCAAAGAAAUUUCCAGUUGAAGGUAAUGCUUUUAAAAAGUAGCAGGAAGCUACACUAUUAAAUGCAAGAUAAAUUGACGGUCUGUUAUUUUUAUUUCACAUUUUGUUCUCUUAGCAAGAUCUGUAUAAUCUGAAAUAAGUAAUAGUAAGUAAGUAAAUAAAUAAGUAAGUUAAAAUAUGAGCACAUAACAGUAACCUUUGGCUACAAUGUAGAAGUAUUUAGGUGCUAGGCAUUAAUGUUCCUCUUCAACCAGGCCUGAGGCUGAUUAGCAUCUGAUACCCUUUUAGAUGUGUUGUGGGAGUGAAGGGGUUAUUUAUUAUGUAUUUUGUGUUUUUUAUCUUGUAUUUUUGUGUUGUGAACUGCCUUGGGCUCUAUGGAUGAAGGGCAUUAUACAAAUUUAAUAUAAAAAUAAUUUUAACUAAGUACAAUGCACUCUAGGCAAAGGACCCCUGACCAUUAAGUCCAGUCGUGACUGACUCAGGGGUUGCAGCACUCAUCUUGCUUUAUUGACCGAGGGAGCCGGCGUACAGCUUCCAGGUCAUGUGGCCAGCAUGACUAAGCCACUUCUGGUGAACCAGAGCAGCACAUGGAAAUGCCGUUUACCUUCCUGCCGGAGCAGUACCUAUUUAUCUACUUGCACUUGACGUGCUUUCAGACUGCUAGGUUGGCAGGAGCAGGGACCGAGCAACAGGAGCUCACCCCGUCGCACGGAUUCGAACCGCCGACCUUCUGAUUGGCAAGUCCUAGGCUCUGUGGUUUAACCCACAGCGCCACCCGCGUCCCUUACAAUGCACUCUACCCUGGCUGUAAACUCUUACUAAGAAUAACUGUUUCUUUUGAACUGAUACUGAUGCUGUGUUAAAUUACAGAUUCAGAUACUACUCCCUCUUGGUUUUUUGUUGUAUUAAUGAGUCCUGAAGCGGUUAAUUAUUAUAUUUAUUAUUAGUGCCAUUUUAAAAAUGAUUUGUUAUGGACUUACAACAGAAAGUUCAUCUGCCCAUAUGUCAACAUUUUGUAGAAUUCAAAUGAAACCGUUAAACAGCCUCACCAAUAGUUUUGCACAGAGAGAUGUUGCUUUCUUUGCCCUAGACUAGAGAAUGAGACAGAAAUGUAUAGAAAAGAAAAUAUGAGAUCAUUUUACUGGAAUUUUUUUCUAUUGGUGAAAGACAGUCUGAGUGCUUGGCUGGUAACUAUAAUUUGAAAGCAUGCUGAAGCUGAUCCAGUUAAAAUCUGCAGUCCUGCACAUGCUUGGGUUGCAUAAAUCAAUAGAAGUCAGUGGAAUUCAAACUGGCUUGUUUGGGUGCAGGAUUACAGCCAAAGGAAUAAAUGUUCCCAUUUUGUGACUCUCUUGGAGCAGGAAUAAAUUAACAGUGAUGAACCAAAAUUAUAGCUGUUGUUCUCUGUUAAUUGCCUCUGUGACCAACCAGUCCAUGGUAAUUCCUUCAAAGACAACACAAACUUAUGACAUAAGUGGCACAAUAUUUCAACAGGAAACUUUAGAAACUAGUACUGUCAGUUAGACGUUGUUGUUGACUGAAUUGGAUGUGGGAUCUUCUGCACACAAAGCAUGCAGCCCCUCAAUCUGCUUUGGAGGGUCUCUCAAUUAUAUGGAACAGAUUUUGAGUUAGUGGGGGCUACAGAGGAGAGGAGUGGGAAGUUCAUUUGCACAAGUGGAACAGAUCAGCACUGGGUACAACCUGUAAGAACACGUGCACAGUCUGCUUGUUUCUCAUUUCAUUUCUUUAAUGGCCUCCAACCUAUGCUGGCACAUGAGGAAGGGCAGGAAGUGGCCUUUAGACAUAAGAUAGUGAAUUAAGAGCAGCGGCAUGCUUGCAACAGGGUUCUUGUAAAAUAUGCAACCACUUCCCUAUUUGCUGGCAUAACGUGGCCUGAAAUAUCAGGCAGUCAUUGUGAGAAAAUAUUUUUUAUCAACAAUUUUGUUGAUUGAGCCAGAGACUUACUUUCUACAGUGUUAAUAAUUGAUCUAUUGCAGAAUUAUUAUCUUUGUAAGUAGCUGUAAAAGCAUAUUGAGAUUAAUGCAUAUUGAGAUUAAUGAGAUUAAUAUUAUAUAUAUAUAUAUAUAUAUAUAUAUAUAUAUAUAUAUAUAUAUGCACACAGGGCAUUGAUAUAUAUAUAUAUAUAUUGCUCUGUGCAAUUCAUCAUUUGUUACAUGUGAUUGAUGACAGAAGGAUUGCUUGCUCUUAGUUGAUUGUCCACCAUUUUAUAAGCAGAAAGAUUAUUUUGGUACUUAGUUAUACAGGUUGGGUGAUAGCCAAUGAAGUCAUACUCUUAGUAGAUUGAUUAAAAUCAACAAACCUAAGCCCGUUUAUUUCAACAGGCCUACAUGUCCCUCCCCCCCUUAUGUGGGAGUUACGUUGCUGCACACAAAUGAAAUUGUAUAAUGACAGGACGUUUUCAGAGGUGCUUCCCUGUUUGUGGCAUACGCUCCCUAGUGAGGUGCAUCUUUUUCUGUCAGUGUUAGCUUUCAGGAGGAAUUUGAAGACAUUCUUGUUUACUCAGGCAUUUUGCAGGUGAAGAAUACUGUUUCUGGCAACCCAGAGAUCAUUGAAUGAAAUAAUAAUUUUAAUUGCAACUAUUUUAGAAUGAUUUCCCUGUUUUAGAAUCCUUUUUUAAAAUUGCAGAUGUGUUUGCCACCCUGGGCUCCUUUGGGAGGAAGGGUGGAAUGUAAAUUCAAUGAAUCAAUUAAAUUUUAAAAAUAUUGUUGUGCUGCUUGUAUUACUGAACUUUUCAGCUGUAAUUUAAGUUUCUACCAUCCGUUAUUGUACAUUGCUUGAAUCAAUACCAAUAACUAAAUGUAAAACGACAUUUUUCUAAAUGGUCACAGAAUCUCUUGAGCACUUUUAAGGGUUGUCGAAACUGAAGUAUAUUGGCAACAAUAAAUGACAGAAAAUUGUGACAAAGAACUGGUUUGUGAAUAGAAUAUUAUUGCUAGCAAAUGACCUUGAUGGGGUUUUCCCCCCUCUUGCUUCACAGGUAGAUAUGAAACUGCUGGGGCAAAGCUCUUGGACUCUUAUCAAGCACUACUAAGGUAAGGACAAGAAGGUGAGCUUGUCCUAGAGAGGUGGAUGCAGUACAAGGAGUGUAUUGUGCAGUACAGAAUAAUCUGCCCCCUGAAGCUACCUGCAGAUGCCAAGGUUUAAUUUUAAAAGCUUGCAAUAGAACAAGCAGAAAUCUAAAACUUAUUUUGGUGCUUUUGCUGUGCUUUUAAAACAAGUUAGCAUAGUACAAAACCUAGUAGGGACUGAGUAUUGUAGUGGUUAGUGUAUUGGAUUAGGACCUGGUAAGCCAAGGUUCAAAUCCCCAUUCAGCCAUGGAUCUCGCUGUGUGACCUUAGGGCAGUCACAGUCUCUCAACCUAGCCUACCUCACAGAGUUGUUGUGAAGAUAAAAUGGGGAGUGGAAGGACUAUGAAUGUCUUCUUGGAAGAAAAGUCGGGUAUAAAAGUAAUAAUAUAAUAACAGCAAGACUGUCACCAAAAAUGACAUUCCCAUGUCAAGUUAGUUACUUAGUUGGUCUCUAAGGUGCUACUGGAAGGAAUUUUAUUUAUUUAUUUUAUUUUAUUUUAUUCCCAUGUCAAGUUCUCUACCUGCUGCCUGUAAUGUCUCAUACAACUUAUCCCGUGUUUUGUUGUCAUUACUUGGUUUGUUUCCCUGCCACUCUCAUUAGUAGGCAAUUAUGCGGCAGAAUCACUUGUUUCUGUUAGGUCAUAUAAGGCAAGUUGCACUAGAUGUUAUGGAGGAAGAAGAGGGAUCUUAGUGCAGGGCUGCCAUUUUCGGUGGUAGCCCCCAUGUUUUUCGUAGCAUGUAGUUCCACACUUCAGAUCAGUCAGCUUGUGCUCCAUUUGGGUGUAUGUUCAUCAAAGUCCCACUGUACAAGCAAGCCAAGUACUGUCAUGGAGGCUGUGAUAUUUAUUGAGAUGCUAGUGGAGCAGCAGUCAGUUUUUCGAUAGGUAGCAAAGGAUCUCUUGCAGCAUCUCAGAAGAUAUGUGACGGAAGGCCCAGAUCACGAGCAGCCGCUGACAAUUCAAAACUUGUGUGCAACACUGCAAAGAUUAUGGGAGGCAUCUAUUGGAUCACACACCAGUGGUUUGGGACAGCAAAAUGUCCUGGUUACAUUCUCAUUGCUUUCUAUGAUUUUUUUUAGGGGGUCUCAGAGUGAGAGUUUUGUUCAGUGGGACAGGCAAGCCUGUUAUAUGGGAUCUCUUUAGCUACAGUGGUGUAGUCAAUCCUGUAUCUAAUAUAGCAGGCCUGUCCAACCGGUUAAUUGCGAUCUACCAGUCGAUCACGGGCUGUCCCUGGUUGAACCUUAUUGAUCGCGUGAUCUCCAGCGAUUGACCAAAAAAACCCCAACUCAACAACUCUGAUCUCUCUCCCUAAAUCCUGGGGAAGACCAGCAUGGAAUUAUGCCAGCUUUCCUUUGAUCCUGGUAGGCUUGUGAGAAAAUUACAUCCAUGCCCAUCCAAAGCUCUGCCUCCCUCAAUAUUGCAGUACAGCCAGAUACCGCUAUGUGGCACUGUGGUGUGGUUUUUGGGGUGAUCACAUGGGGAACUGCAGUGCUCACAGUAUGGUGGAGCAGGGAUUCCCACCCCCACCUGCGCUGCUAGCUGUGACCUCACACAUUAGUAUGGUGGCCCUUAACCCUGAGACAGAUUAAGUGGUUUGUUAAUUUUCAGUAAAAUCUUGCUCAAUGCCUUGCUCUGCUGAAAGAGUAAAGGUUAAAAGUAAAUACCAAGACUGUCGGGAAUGUGACAGACAAGCAGCAAAUAUGUUGUAGGGGGAAUGCUUAUUGAAUGUUUUAAGUUAAGCAUUAAGGCUGAAAAGUCACUUCUCAGCAAAAUGCUUAACUCUGCAUGUAACUUAGGCCCUUAGUUGAUGGUAAAUAUCACAGGAUCUGCCUUAGUUCUCCUGAAGAAAUAUUUGGUAGAUUCCCUUUCCCACUAUUUUCAAAAGAUUUCAUGAUACAACAUAAAGCAAAACCUUUUUUUAUUAUUCAAUGUAAUACAAAAUAAUCAAAAGAGUAAUCGGUAUUACAGUUAGUAAUAGCACAAUAACAGAAGAAUAAAGUGGCUUAAAUGUUUAUUUGCACCAUUUUUUCCCUUAUAGAGUAAAAUAAAAUUCUUACUUACAUUUUAGUACACUGUUGUACAAUGUCAACAUAUUCUACAGCAACAUAUAAUUUAUCUGACUUCCCAAUAUCCUUGAUUUUCUUGUAAAGUAAUAAGACAUUGGAUUCUAUCUGUAUAAUAUUUCAGGGUAUUUUUCCUUAUUUUUCAAUGUUGUUAAUCUCAGAAUGUUAGUUGUUCCCACAACUUCCUAAUAAAAUUUGCUUUGCUCAGUUUUGGGGUAUUUUUCCAUGACUUAGCCUACAGAAUUCGUUCCAAUGUCAAAAUAUACAGAACCUGCAUCCAAUACUGUGAUGGUAUACUUCAUUUCACAGUCAAUAGAUGCAGCAGAUUAUCUAACGGAUCUUAUCUGUUUUGGAGGUUAAGCUGAGAGGGAUUUGUAGUAUGACAAGUUUUGUCACCUCCGAUGUGAAAUUCAUUUUCUAGGAAUGUCUGCCAUUCCCCUGCUUAUUUUCCUUUCAUAUUUAAUCUCUACAAUUAUUUAUUACCAUGGUUUUUAUUAUUAUAUUAAAUGAUCAACACAAUAAAGGGAAUGAUAAGAUAGUGUGCUUACAAAUUCGAGUUACUGUCCUUUCAUAUUCCACCUAAUUUAUAAAUAAAUAUAUUCCAGCAUUAUUAAAUAUAAACCAUAAACCAUAUAAGUAUAAAUUUAAAUGCCAAUAAGUAUUGUUUAAACAUUGUUAAAGAAAUACUACUGUUACCUACUGUAGUAACCUUUAAAGCAUCCAAUUACUUCUAACAUAAUCUGCUUUCUGUUUUAUACAUGUAAACAAUUGAUUAAUUUUGCAGCCAUCUCUGUUCCCUAAAAUAAACUUAUUUACCCUUUACAUUAAAUAUAACAUUGUUGGUCUCUAAUGUCUAGUGCUGUUCUGCUUUGAUUGAUUUUUGUGAUUAUUUUUAUGCUAUUAUAUUUUUAUUGAUUUUUUGGGGUGAUUGAUCUCUUUGAAAUGGUGGUUGAUUGGUUUUAAAAUGGAGUAUAGGAGAUAUAGCGAAUACAGUAUGUCAGAAAUGAACUUACAUCUUUAUGGUAAAAUUCUGUUCUCCUUAAAUUCUCAGUAACAUAUCAGUGGUUCCUCCAACUCCCCCUCCAUUUGCUGAAUCCACAAGCGAACAUAAUACAGUGGUAAUGUAUACUUCUAUCUUUCAAUUCAAUGUGGCAUCACAUCUUUUAGCACAAUUAUUCCCUUUUAGCACAUUUUCUUUUAAUUUUUGUUUUCCUGACAGACUUGUGCCAUUGAGUGCAUUUUAUGUUUUCAGAGUGCAGUCUUAAACGCACUUACCUAGCAGUAAGCGCCACUGAACUCGUUUGUUAGUUUAAUAGAUAAAUAUGAAUGUUUUUGAAAUAGGGAUGAUUGAAGAAGGUUGACUCGGUCCUAUUGUAUACCAGUGGCAAGGAGCAGAAGACUGGCAGAAUGGCUGUUAAGGCUGCAAUCCUAUAUUGUCUCACUUGGACCUAAACACCAUUGAAUUCAGUGGGACUUGUUUUUUAAUGGGCACAUAUAGGAUUGCAAUACAGAUUACUUUUGUUUCUUUAUAAGCCACCAGGAUGCAUCUUGCACCAGAGUGCAUACCUUUCAGCAACUGGUAAAGAUAUACUUCUUUACCCAGGCAUUUGGGUGGGUGCAUUGUUUUUCCCCUCCUGCUGUAUUGCUGUUUUUGCCAUUCAGGGGAUUAUGUCAGUUUUGUGGUCCUUUAAUUUACUGAUUUUAACGAAAGCUGUAUAUUGUUUUAAAAUGUGGUAUCUUAUGUAAUUUGCCAUGGGACCAUUCAGUGAAGGGCAGGCUAUAUGUACAAAUAAGUAAAUAUAUCAAUAAAUUAGUGCCCCAGCAAUCAGAGUAGAAGUUCAAUCAGUGUCAAAGAAUAUCUUCUCAGGGUUUCCCAUACUGAAUCUUGGACCUUCUGCGUGCAAAGCAGAUGAUCUACCACAGAGCUGCAGCUCUUCACCUAAAUAUGUUCCAUUUGAUAAGCUACUUGCUUUUAUUUGUAACAUCAUUACAGCAUAUUUGUGCUGUGGUAGAUAGAAAAGGAUUGAACUGACCUGUGUGUCCUUUUUGCAAACACAGACAGCUCAAGUCAUGCCAAAACAUUUCCCUGAAUUGCUUAGCUACGGAUAUGAUAGCUCUAUUUGCACACAUGCACUUUUUUUUUUGGUAGGCUUCUAAGAGCAUGUGACUUGAGAAGCCUUGAAAACACAACUCCUUCUUUUAUCACUUUUAUCUUUUUAUUUUCACCCUGUAUUGCAGGAACUUGACCAGACUAAAAGUUUCCACAGGUCUAUGGAAAAUCUGUUUCUGACAUUUACAUCACAUAUAAAAAGUAAGUGUUCUUAAGGACUUUGGUAUUCUAAAGCAAGCAGCAGAAUGUUUCAACUUGAGAGGAUGGGUCAGGCCGUUUAAUGGAAAGCAGAGGGGAGAAUUCAACCUCUUCUAAGUAGAGGGGUUGGUGGUUUUUUCUUCAGGGUCCACGAAGGGAAGCAGCUCCCCAUGUCAAAAUUUUGAAAAUAACAGGCACACUUGCUUCUGAUUCCAGUACUACUUUUUAGUCUUACAUUGUGAUCCUCCCACAUUGUGUUUGGAACAUGCUGGCUUUUUUUUAAUUGCUUAAGGUGCAGCUUGUUUAUUUAUGCUCUGAAGUAUUCAUUCAGCACCAUAAUUUUAGUGAAAAUAACAAUGAGGUUUUCAAAAGUUGAAAACUGUUCCAGGGAACAUUAUUUGGCGUCAGCAUGGAAGCCAGUCAAUUGCUACUGUAUAUAGCCAGCUUCUGCUGCAAGCCGGCAAAAGUGAUUUACUUGAGUUCAGUCCUCAAGAAUAGAUUGCACAUCUGACCCAAAUACUCAGUUGAUUUCAACUUCACUAGUAGAGCUAGUGAAGUGGUAAGCCUGUACCUUAAGUGUACGACAUAAUGUUGCAAGUUGGAGGCUGACAUGAUUUAAUUCCUCUCCAUAAUUGAAACCCCCCCCCCAAAAAAAAAUGUAUGCAGAAAGCUAAAUACUGGGGAAAUGGGUUCUUUCCUAGAUUUCUUCCUGGCUAUUAACAUGAUGGCUGCAUGGAAUUUCCAGAUUCAGAGGAACUAUAGCUUGGAAUACCAGUUUGUGGGGAGCAACAGCCAGAAAGAACUGUUGUUCUUAAACCCUGCAUGUGAACUUACAAGAGGCAUGUGGCCAGCAGGGUACUUCAUUAGAUGGGCCUGUGAUUUGAUCCAGCAGAGUUCUUUUGGUCCUGAAAUGACAUUUUUCUAUGUAUGUAUGUGUACCCGCAAACACACACACACUGGAGGAGCAUUUAAUCACAAUGUGAGAACUGGGCCUUAGUUGUGCCUAGUUAUUGCUAGAUUGCAUACCAAGGCCACCACGGUUUUGGCUUAGUUUUAGCAGUUUGAAAGCAUACCAGCGAGAGUAGAUAAAUAGGUACUGCUGUGUCGGGAAGGUAAACAGUGUUUCCGUGCACUCUGGCUUCCAUCAUGGUGUCCUGUUGUGCCAGAAGCGGUUUAGUCAUGCUGGCCACAUGACCUGAAAAAGCUGUCUGCAGACAAACGCUGGCUCCCUCUGCCUGAAAGCAGAGAUGAGUGCCACACCCCAAGGUCAAAUUUGACUGGACUUAACAGUUUACCUUUACCUUACAUUGCCUUUUGUACCUGGAAAGCUUUGUCCCACUUCAUUUUCAGAAAAAAUAAAUAAAUGGCCUUGUGCAUACUCAGGAAUAGGUGUGCAGGUACUGUACAACACACACACGCUUUGCAUAAACCAAGAGGACCAGCUAGAACUCGGCCAACCCUUUCUGUUGCUGCAUCUCUUACAUGAUAAUGAAAAAUUGAUAAUGAAGGACAAGCUGUUUUUCUUGGUGUGGGGUUUUGGGGUUUAUUUUUUAUUUAUUGGUCAAGUAAUCCAAGAUAAACUUCUGGGGAACCCCAGGCUCUGUGGAACACAGGUUGAAAACCACUAUGCAAUGUGACCAGUGCUUUUUUCUGGGGGGACACAGGGGUACGCAUACCCCUAAACAUUUUGUGAAUCUAGGUUUGGCCUCAUUGAGGGGCAAUAUUUCAAUAUGAGUAGGAAAAUGAGAGUACCCCUAAACAUUUUUUUUAGAAAAACACUGAAUGUGACCCAUAUGUAUAACUACCCUAUGUGUAACUUGAAAACUUACAGUAGGUACUACUGCAGUGUAAUGACAGUUAGCAUUAUUCCUGUUUUCAGUACUCCAGACUUGUUGUGCAUCAAAGUUGUCAGUAACAGAGAACCCCUUUCUUGGAAGGACUGGGUUCCACUGAAAUGGGACUAACUUCUAGCUGUGUUGUGUUCAAAGCUGAGGUGACCUAAUGUGAUGUGUUCCAGCCAGUUUCUUCAAAUGUAAAUUCCAAUGCUGUCCUGUAAAUUAAGAUUGCAUAUAUGCCUCUCUAAGGCUGCAUAUAUCCUGUAUCUUAGCACAUUCAAAGCCCAUUUUUCUUCUCAAAGAAUUCUGGACACUGUAAACUCACAGAAUUACAAUUCCCAGCAACCUUUCACAAACUACAGUGUCCAAAAUUCUUUGAGGGGGGAAAUGUGCCUUGAAUGUGCUUGAAAGGUAUAGCGCAUACACAGCCUAAGAGCAUGUCUGGAAUAAGAUUUCCCCUCCCUGCAAUUUACAUUUUUAUUCAUUGUUAUAACAAAUACAGGAGCUUGCUGUAGAAAACAGAUUGUUGGACAUAAUACACUUUCUGCUUUUACACUCAUUGGUUUAGUUCUGUAAUCAAUUCUGCAUUUUGUACUUCAGUAUGUUUAAGCUCUUUUCCAGUAUCACCCAUGUUGGAAAUGUCAACAGAGCAUCAAACAAUAUCUGACCUUGUGUUUUUGUGGAGAGGCUCUAAGCAGAAGCUUUUAUAUGCUGCUCCACCAGCAGCUGCCCCUCAGCUUCAACCCACCUUAUGGGCACAGACAGUGAAUAAUAACUAAACAGACAUGUUUCAUUUCCUACAGGAGAUGAUCAGAUUUGAUUUAACUGUUUGUGCGUCUCAUGGGCCAUUUACUGCAAGCAAUGGGUAAACAAAUAUUGAUUGUUAUAAAGGGUAAUGAUGGAAUGGUUUCAUAAGUCAGACAUGACUCAGAAUUUCCUUUCUUUUGUGGACUUAAAAGUGCUCAAGGCCCUGUCUUCUGGUAUCAAAAUGGCAUGCAGUCUCUGAGAUUCUUUGUGACAAGGACAGUAUUAUAUACAAUGAAAUAAUGUUAUUCACCAAUAUGGGUCUAAUCCUAGGGGAAAUACGGGUAUUGUACAUUCCCAGUUUAUGGCAAUACUUUGAUUUCUUUAUUAGUAGGUUUAUAUCAGGUCUUGAAAACUUGACCCUUCCUUCACACCUCAAUUUUGUGUGUGCAUUGUAUCAUAAAUAUCAGCCAUGCUUUCAGUUAUGAAUCUAAUAUUAUCUUUUGCAUAGUACAAAGUAGUGUACAAGACAAUAGAUGAACUUCAUAAACAAACUGAGUAUGUUUGAUGGGGUUUUUUAUUUUUUUAAUUCUCCUUUUAUUAAUUCUAGAAAUAUCAAAGUCCCAGAAUGAUAUGACAGCCGAGAAAGGGUUGCUAACAACAGAUUAUGGGCAAGCAAUGGAUCCAAAGAAGGAGAGGAGAAGCCUGUCUGACACUGCCAUUGAUAUUUCAUCCAGGGUAUUCAGUUGGAUAUACAUUCAGUAUAUUUUAAAGGACUGUUUACAAGCAAUAUACACACAGGGCUUAGCUUUCUGCACUUGAAAGUAAACUCCAAAUUCUGCUCCCGUAAAACACAAAAGAUUCUUUGAAUGGAAUAAAAUACACAUAGUUUCUCCUUUCUUGAUUGUGAUGAUUUUCUGUUUUUAGUUCCAUAAGCACAUUUUUUGUAUAAUUGGGAAUUACUUGUUUUACUUCCCUUCCCACCAAUUCCCCCAAAGCUAGUGAAUGUAAAUCAGAAGAAAUGUCCAUGUGAACUGCAAGUUGCCCUAUGAACUUUAAUGGAGGGGUAACCAUGGUUGUAAAUGAAUAUCUUUGCAAAUCUGUGUUCCUCCAUUGAAGUGCAUGGGGAAAUCCUUUGAAAUGGGAGAAUACACUGCAUGUGUGCAUGUCUUGUACCUGCUGCAAUUUGCUGGAGUGGGCAGCUAUUUUCAGAGAACAGUUAAUUGAGGAAGGUAAUAGAAACCCAUUAGUACAUCUCUCUACAGGUAAAUGAUGCCCCAAGUCUUCAGCAGCUCGUAAGUGAAGAUCAAGGUGUCAAUGGAGUUGCUGCCAAAAGGAAAUCCAGUGAAGAGCUAAUUCCAUCCAGUGCCAUAAGUGACCUAUUUUCUUCAGGAAAACUAAGUGUAAGUAGUGAUCCUUUUUUCAUCCUAUGUUCACUACGGAAGGAAAUAUGCAAACAGCUUAAGGGAAAAGUAACUCUUAACCAAAAACUCUGUGACCAAAAAACUCAGUUAAGGGGGGAAAUUAUAGAAAAAGAAUUUAAGAAAGUUAUAGAUAUUACACACACACACACACACACACACACACUUCUUCCUUAACUCAGUUUUUUUGUCACUGUGUUAGAUUGUAGAAGCUUAGCAAUUCACUGCUUGUAAUCUAACAGUGGAAAAUUCACAGAGGAAUGCAGUGAUGUUCUAUAUUGGACAACAUAUUGCUUAUCUUUGGGGAAUUCCAGAAACACGAGGAAUCUUAUGAUAAAGAUGGCAGAUGGAUGGGGUACACAUAUAAUAACAAUAAUAAUAGUUGUUGUUAUUAAAGAAAUGAAGAUGGUUGUAAUAUUUCAAGGCUCUUACAGUAUCAUGCACCGCCGUUAAGCCUAUAGAGCAAGCGAUUAUGUAUUUUUACAUUGUAUUAAUUCAUUUUCUUCAUUACAGGGUAGUUUAUUCAGCAUUAACAGCACUUGCACUGAGGCUGGCAACUUUGAGCAAGCUGAUGUCAGCGGUGAGAUAGAAGUUGCCAUCAGAUAUCUCUUCAAAUCUGGCAUUUUAGAGGUAUAUAUCAGAGCCUGCAAGAACUUGGCUUAUGGAGAGGAGAAAAAGAAAAAAUGCAAUCCGUAAGUUUGUCUAGGCGUAUCUUUCCAAAGCCUAUGGCAUGAAAUUCUGAUACAAGUAAAAUUGGGGCUUGAAGCUUUGACUCCUGCAAACAUCCCUCCCUCCUCCUUAGAGUGGUUUUCAGUUUUCAUCUAAAUGACUACCAAAAAGAUGAGGUGGAAUGACUGAUAACUAAAGACUGUAUGAAGGACAAGAGACAAAGUGGGUCAUGUUUCAACCAAGAAUAUUUAUGUUGGAUGUUCAAACUUAAAAACUGCAUUGGACAAUGGAACCAGUCUGGGGAAAUUGUUUGGUAUAGACUUUUGUUGUGUGUUAUGGCCAUGUGUAAAUUAAAAGAAAAUAGGUAGAUUAUUUAUAUAGUUUACAUAAAAGGGACACCAUCUCGCUUUAUUGGCUGAGGGAGCCAGCGUACAGCUUCCUUCUGGUGAACCAGAGCAGCGCACGGAAACGCCAUUUACCUUCCCGCCGGAGCGGUACCUAUUUAUCUAAUUGCACUUUGACGUGCUUUCGAAUUGCUAGGUGGGCAGGAGCUGGAACUGAGCAACAGGAGUUCACCCCGUCAUGGUGAUUUGAACUGCCAACCUUCUGAUCGGCAAGCCCUAUUCUCUGUGGUUUAGACCACAGUGCCACACGUGUGCCUCACAGUUUACAUACAUACGUACAUACAUUCAUCAAGCAAAAGGGAAAAACUAUUUCCCCUGCUUCUUCAGAAACCAGAGAGGUUACGGUUCAAUGCAGAUAUUUUAGUCACUUCUAGGUAUGCUUGGAUGUAGUUGCAGAAGUUUAUUUCACUGCAGACUCUUACUGACCAUCAGGGGGCUACAGGCUGUUGUAAUGAUUUUAAGAAGUGAAACUGUAGCGAUUACUUCCAGGAAAAUGGGUUUUUAUCAGGUAGAGUCUAGCCUGGACAAGUAUCUUUGUGAGGAUUGUUUAAGCCCAGAGAGCUUGAAAGCCCAGCCACAGACCUUUUUACUUGGGCAUAAGUUCCACUGAGUUCCAUGGAGUUUACUCCGGAAUAAGUGCUUAAGAUUCUGACUUUAAUUGCAGGGUUGUAGUCAUGUUGAACCUCAAGAGUCCUUUCUACUCUUUGACUAUGCUAAAGCUAGGAUUAAAGCAAGAUGUUUCGCUUUUUAAGAAGCAUGUGUGUAAUGAGUAGCACUUGAGCUUCAUGUUAAGGUCAUCCUUUGAGCAGAAUGGGGAAAGCAUUCUGGGAUUUCAAAACUGUCCUAACACUUUCCCAGGGUUUGGUGCUGAAUCUGUUGCAUUGCCAGGUGAUCAAACUGGAGCCCUUCCAAAUGGACUUGGUCUUCAUACAGACCUACAGGCCAUCAAGAUGAUCAUAAUGCAAGUGUGGAUGGCCCUGAAUAGGAGAAACAGGAACAAAAGGAAGUUAAAUAAAAUAACAACAGAUUCAGAAAUUGACUUUGCAUUGCUGAGGGGAAAUCUUUUUUAAAAAAAAAAAUCUGUAAGGGAGGGGGCAGGCUUAAUAAAAGGUUUGUAUGAUAGUGCUGGGCUGAGUAAUAGUGAGGAGUUCUGCACCUGCACACUUAAAAAAAAGAAACUCAGAGCUCCUCCAGAUCAGUGGUUUGUGGUGUGUGAAUAUAUUCUGCAACAUGGCACUGAUGCAAAAAGAUGUGUAUUAGUGGUGACUUUAUACUGGACUUUCCACACUUCGUUCCGCUUUAUUAGUUAGAAUCAUAGAAUUGUAGAGUUGGAAGGGACCACAAGGGUCAUCUAGUUCAACUCCUUGCAAUGCAGGAAUCUUUUGCCCAAUGUUGGGGUUGAACCCACAACCCUGAGAUUAAGAGUCUCCUGCUGUACUGACUGAGUGUGAUCCUGGGUGUGCAUUAUUGCCAUUUAGAGGAGCCCUCUUACACUGUAGCUCAAUGUAAGCAGGACAAAAUAACAACCACUUUGGGUUAUUUUGUGGUAUGAAAAGUUACAGGAUUUCAGCAGGAAACUAUGGGGUGUACAAGACUGGAAAUGAAGCAGUAUGUCUACCCCAAAACAUUUGGCAGCAUAAGCAGUAUUAAAAGUGGGUUUGCAUAUAACUGCUCCAGUAGUAUCAUAGGCACAAAUCAUCAUGGAUGCACAAAAAUUCCCUCAGUGGUAGCUGGGGGUAGUCUUCUAUUCUUCCUCAGGUGCAAAAGACAACAUUUUGAAGGCUCAGAAAAUGUAAUAUUUAUGGAACAGCUAGCUUGAGGGAAUAUAUAUUGAUGUGUGCAGCUAACAAUAAGCUGAUAAUGUAGAAAGGCCUUGAAUGCUGCAAAACAUAUAUCAGUAAAUGCUACAGAGAUUAAGUAGUAGGAAGCACGUGGUUUCAUUUCCUCCCCCUCUCCCUUUCCUCAGCUCUUAACUGCUGUUUCCAUCUCUGAUUGCAAGGUACAUCAAGACUCGCUUGCUGCCUGAUAAAUCUUCUCAGAGUAAACGGAAGACCUCUGUGAAAAAGAACACAUUGGAUCCAACCUUCCAAGAAACAUUAAAGGUACACUAAGCAACAUUUAUAAUCCAGAUUUCUACGUUUCCCACGCUCACCCUGCCUCUUGUGCACAGCUAAACUCCUGCUUUUAGUGGAUCUAGAAGCAGAGCUUCCUGCGAAGGAGAGAUCAGUGGUGCUUAACUAAAAGAUUUUAUACACAAAAUACCAUGAAACCACAUAUAAAAUUGGUAGCAGUCACCCAUUUAAUGCAUUUAAACAGCUCAGCAGUAGGUUAAAAUAAUCAUUUGGCCCACAGUCCUCACCUGAAUGCCUUUGUGAAGAGAUUGUGAAUCAUAUCUCCAAAAGAACUUCCAUUACUGAGGCAUUGCCAUGGAGAAGAUCCUAUCCUAUAGCUCUAUACAUGGGGCUGUGCCCAUCAAUGGGGCCAUGAGAAGGGCCUUCCCUAUAUCUGGCCAAAUAGGCAGAUAUAGGAGGAGGCUAUCCUUUAAGUAUUUGGGACCUAAAUCAAUAUAUGUUAUUGUUAGUAACUUGAAUUGAACCCAGUAGUGAAUAGGCAACCAGCACAACUUCUGAAGGAUAGGUGUAAUAUGAUUUUGGCUGGUUAUACCACAGAGUAGUCUAGUAGCAGCAUUCUGCACUAACUGCAGCUUCUGAACCAUCUUCAAUGAUUGCACCAUGUAGAGCACAUUGCAGAAGUCUAACCUAGCAGUCACUAGAACAUGGACCACUGUGUGGCUAAGCUAUCUUGACCCAGGAAGGGGCGCUGCUGGUGAAUUGGCCAGUUUUGGCAAUAGGCACUACUAGCCAUGGAGGCCACUUGGGUCUCAAGUGACAAAGCUGGAUUAAGACGUACCCCCAAGUUGUGAACCUGCUUCUCCAGAAGGAGUUUAACAGCAUCAUGACAGGUUUAUUCCCCAAUUUCCCACCAAGAGUGCCUCCAUCUUGUUGGGAUUCACCUUCAGUUUAUUGGCCUUCAUCCAGCCCAUUAGUACCUCCAGAUACCAGCACAGCACUUGCACAGAUUCACUGCAUAGCUUGGAUUGAUUGAGCUUGGGUAUCAUCAGUAUACUGAUAUAUUUCCAAUAUAUCAGAAUCAGCCUCGCCUUUAAAUAGCCCUAUUAAAAUAGCUGCCUGUCUUCUGAAUUAUGAUGUGGCCAAAGCUAUAUAGACUGCACUUGAAAAAUCCUAACCAAAACAAGGUUGUGUAUUGUGCAAAGGACAACUAUUUGCUUUUAAGAGCCUGAGCAAAUGUCUCUUCUUUCAAAGGUUAAAGGAAGUGAAUCAUGAUUUGGAUGGAAUAUUUAUGAAGUUGAAAGGAAUUAAAAUCUAUUGUGCCAGCUUCCUCUUUUCACAAUGAAUGUCUCAAACAUUACUGUUUGGACUUGCUAACUUAAAAAAAUAUAUCCAACUGUUACAUUAAAAGGCAUUAUGAAAAGUCAGUACCACUAGCUGUUGCUGUGAUGCAUCAGUGCAGUGUUUCAGGAUACUCAUCCUUAUAUCAUAGAGGGAGGGAAUUGUACUUGAUUUCUGAACUUUCAGAAGAUAUUUGCAUGCUUUGAUGCUGAUUAAGUACACAGGCAGAUUUCUUUUAAAACAUUAACUGACUCGCCAGGUGAGUAGACCACAAUGGGUUGAUCAUACUGGAGCACAGCCCUCAUUUAUCUUUAAUAGCUGUACAGAAGAGGGAAUUCAUUUGUUAAUCUGGCAGAUUUUAAUGCUGCAACUUCAUAAAAAUAUGUUAGUCUUAUGCACUGCACUGUGGUACUUUUGAUGCUUACAGUACAAGAUUGAAUACUCGCAGCUGGAAACUCGACAACUGCAAAUAUCUGUAUGGCAUGCUGGAACUUUUAGACAUCGAGUAUUCCUUGGAGAAGUGGUGAUCCCAUUUGAAUCUUGGGAUUUUGAAGACAGUUCAACUCAGUCAUUCAGCUGGUAUCAACUCAAAGCAAAGGUGACUCCAGCUUUAUAUUAGAGCUACAUAUUUUCCAGCAAAUGCACGUGCGCACACACGCACACACACACACACACACACAGAGAGAGAGAGAGAGAGAGAGAGAGAGAGAGAGAGAAGUAUGUUUGUAUAUGAAUAUACAGUGUAUGCUUUUAAUUCCCAACAUUCUGAUGCAAACUUACUUUGUCCACUAUAAUGAGAUGGAUAGUGUCAUCAAAGGAAUUGAUUAAGUCAUUAGACAUUCACCCUGAUAGCUGAGUCACCUCGAGUCACCUCCUAACCUGUCACUAUAUUUUUAACAAAAAGAAAAUUAUGGAUCCGUGGUCUUGCCCUAGAUGAAAGUUUAGCUGCUUAUUCAAUUUUAUAGUAUGGGGUCAUUGAAAUAUGAGAUCAGUUAUUCCUGUUAGUGUCUAAUAACUGUGAUUAUUGCAGGUAAACUUUCAGGCUUGACCUGUUUUAUCAUUUGAGAAUAAUGUCACAACUGAUUAUAUGAAUUAAUUAUGAGAAGAGAGGAAAGGCACAGGGCAAUCACAAGCUGUCAACUAUGUUUGUGUGUAUUCUUCUCUCCACUUCUGUAUAGCCCGAAAAGCCUGGUGAUAAUGUACUCCAGUACAGUGGAGAACUUCUGUUGCGUGCAAAGCUGGAUUCACCUUCCCUAUGUAACAAGUUCCAAUAUGGUAAGCAUGGGAAAGAAAAUACAAAGCACCGUAUGUAUUAAUUUUGCUAUUAAAACUCUGUGUCAGCUUAUGUAAAGUCCUCAAAAAUGACAUUCACUUGUUUAGGGAUUUUUUGGGCCAGUGGACACAUUUGGAAUUUUAAGGAAAGUUUGUGGGCAUUGGACACAAAAUGGCUCCUGUGGGGUGUGUGGCAAAACACAAAAUGACUGUCAUGGGGCACAGCAACAACAUAUAUACUCAGCCCUCUGUCCCUGUGUCUUAGGUUUUUAUCACACUAGGGAUUUAGACUGCCAAAUAACUCUUUCAUAGUAUUCACCAUUUGUGAUGUGAUGUGUAUCAGUGUUGGUGAUUCUAUGGAUUAUGAUGGAAGUCAUUAGUCUUAAUUCAUCUCUGGCACAGGACUUGCCCUACUAUCAGACAGAAUAAGGCAACUGCCUAAAGUGGGUGAUUCUGAGUGCUAUGUGUGGGUGCAGGGAACAAUCCAAACCCUUGACUAGCAGUUGUAGGUCUCAAUGAAGUAGCCUAGCCAUCACUGUUUCACUGCUGGCACCGGAAGGUGGGUGGGGUCAGGAAAAAUGCUAUGCCAGCUCCCAGCUGGUACAGCAAAGAGACCCAGAUCAGGACUAUUCCUGACAGCAGCAGGGCCCGCUCAAGAUCCAGCAGAUCCUGUGCCCACCCAGCCCGUCCCUUUCUCUCCACACUCCUGCAGCACUCUGCUUCUGGAAUCUCCACUGUCUGCCAUUUGGGAGGGCACAUUGGAAUGUUCCUCACAGACAAAACUCUCCUGCCAGUGGUGGGGCUAUAUGAAAGGACACUUCCACUCCAAACCUCCCUCUAGCAUGGCAGAUUGGGGGUUUUGAGAGCUGUGUUAGUCUGUAAGACAUUGUAGCAUUUGGAUCUUCUUUUCAUAAUCUCCUUGCUCACAGUAAUGGCAGCUGAUAGCACCUAGACAUUUUACCCUCAACACUGUGAUAACUCUCUUCUGGUUUCUGCCCUCUUUCAGGGAUGGAAGACAGAGCACAUCCUGAGUACCAGCUUCAACUUCUAGUUCUUGGAGCCCGCAACUUGCCUAUGCUAAGACCUGAUGGCCUAUUGAACGCAUUUGUUAAAGGGUAUGGUUUGCUAUGCUGUUUAAAAUGUAAUUGUUUUAUUAUUUAUCAUGCAUUAAACUUUUUGAAAGUUAGUUUAAAAGAAAUCCUUAUAUGUAAAAUCAGAUAACUGUUAAGUGUGUGCAGCUUAACCUUAUGCUCAACAAACUACUGGUACACCCUUUGCAAUUCUUCUCAUUUCAGUGGGAAUAGUUAAGUAUGGGGUUAAAUAUCUCCUGUCAAAAUGAUGGCGUUAAAGCUAUUUAACUAUAGCUGGAUUGUAGACAUUAUCAUCCGCAUGGCAGAAUAUUUCUGGGCAUCACAGAGCGAGCCCAAGAUUGGUCCAAUUCUGUGACUUGGGUUUAAAAUGCAAAAAGAUAUAGUGACCAUGGUGGUUAGCUUGUAGUUGACUUAGAAACAUGACAGAGUUGGAGGAAGUAAAAAUAUGUACAAGAUAAGAAUGUAAUAUCAAUUGGCAGCAUCGCCUUCUCGCCAAAAAGGCCUUGGAGUGAAGAUAAAGGUAUAAUCAAGGCUGAAAUCUUCAGUUGGCUAGUAACUGUAAGUGAUGCAAAAUGUAGCUGCCUUCUUCCUGCAAAGAGAGUUUCCCGGAGCAUGCAACUUCAUUCUUCCAGAGGCUGGAUUCCUUUCUAGUCGCAGGCAUGUCAGGUCCUGAUUUUGGCCAAAAGGCUGGCAGACAUGCAUUUCUAAGAAACGCUGGCCUUGCCUGUAUGGGAGAAUAUAAAGAGGGGACUGCUUUCACAGCCUUGGUAUUCCCUUCCUCCCAGACUUAGUUUAGCCAAUUUAAACAUGUAUAACAGAAUCCUGACUCUUUCUUUGAAAAAAAAGAAAGGAAAACAAUUGGGCAUAGCUAAUGAUGCAGUAGAAAGAGGUGCUUACCUCUUUUCUUGCCUGCUGCUUUUCACUGCAAAAUCCCCCUGAAGCUAAUUGUCAUGACAAAGUUAAAGACAAAGAGCUUUUGCCAAGAGAUGGGGGAUGAUGUGCACUGUACUGUGGCACAGGAAUGGUACCUGUCCAUGCAGGUCCCUUGUCCCCUGGGGAUAUGGUUAGAAGCAUAGAAGCAGGUCCCUGUCCAUGCAGGUCCCUUGUCCCCUGGGGAUAUGGUUAGAAGCAGUAACACUGGCCAGCAAGAAUUGUAGUGAUUAGCAGCCCCAAAAUGGUACAGCCUCGUAAUUGCCAAAGUCAAGAAGACAAAGCUCUCUCUAUGUGAGUGUGUAUGGAUGACGGACAAGACCUUAGUUCAGGAGUGAGGAUCUGGAUCCAGCCAGGGACCAGAUGCUUAAUCUGGCCCUUCCCUGUGGGCCAGCAUUAACUGACAAAAGGCCCUGCCCACCUGUCAAAGUUCAAAGGGGCUCCCUGUACUGGUAGUUAGCACAGCCAAUCCUGAUGGGCUGGGAUCAACUGAUCAAUUGACUGAUGUUGUCAGUAAACCCUUCAUGCAAAGGAGCAGUCAAGAGCUCACAGUAAGCUCAUGCUUGUUCUUUUGUGGCCAUGCCCUUAUCUGCCCACCCAAUGUCAUUUAUGACAUCAUGCCCAGGGCAGGUGGGCAAGGUUUGGUGAAAAGCUGCAAAACUGCCUCUCUGGCCAAAUUGCAAUCUGUGCCAGGUUUAAUUAUGCCCAUGCACUGAAGGGUCCUUACCCCUGCUUUGUUUAAAGCCUCCUAUAGUAAAAACAGAAAGACCAACAGAAUUGAAGGAUUGUAAGGUAUUUUAUAAAACUUUCCUGAAGUAAUUCAAGAAGAGUAGCUACGUUAGUUAGUCAGUGGCAAGAAAAAAAUGGCAUUGUAUUUUGGUACCUUAACAAUUCAUGAAUUGUAGUAUGAACCUUUGUAGGCUAGCGCCUGCUUCAUUUGAUGCCUGCAUUAAUUGUAUCUCAAGCCUCGAUAAAUGUCAGACUUCAAGGUGCCAUGAGAUACUGGUUUGUUCUGCAAAGUAGGGGCAGAGUUCAGUCCAAGUUGAGCACUUUAAAGUCCCUGUUGCUUUCAAAUGGGGCAUGCUCAACUUCCUCACUGAAAUCAAGGAGACUGAAAAUGCAUAACUUUAGCUGGAUUGUGCCCUCACCUUUUCCCUGUCAUAAAUCUCACUGAAUGGUUUCUAACUUUCUCUUUGGGAAGCUGCCUUUGCAUCCUGGGGCAACGUGACUUAAAACAAAGGACUCCUGUGCUGAAGAAACAAGCCCAGCCACAAUGGAACCACUUGUUUGUCUUUAAUGGGGUUACCGCAUCUCAGCUGCAGCAAUCUUGUCUGGACUUAACUGUCUGGGAUCAAGCAUCGUUCGGUUUACGUGAUCAGUUCUUGGGCGGUGCAAGACUUGGAAAACGUAAGUGGAAAAAAUGAGACUUUUGUGCUGAUAGAUAUCACAAUCACCCCACAUAGCACAGUAUUGCAUUAGGGAUAAUGUGAAGGAGGUGGAGACGGAAGACCUAGGAGUUCUAUAGAUCAAAUCUCGCCUUGGUUAUGAAUUCACUGGGUUCUCGGGCUCUCUCCCAUCUAUAAUGUAAUGGUAUAAUAUCAUCAGUAUACACAGUGCACAACUCUUGUAAGGUUUACUAAAAUGAUGGCUAUGAAACACUUUAGGAAAACAGCACAACUCACGUUAGAUAAUUUUUUUAAGGCUUGAAAUGACUGUCCUGGGUUGGGCUGAGGAACCUGUAGCCCUCUAGAAGUUGCUGGAAUAUACUAUUGAGAGUUCAGGAGCCCUGCAAACUCUGGAAGACCCCAGGUUCCUCACCUCAGCUCAACACGUAUGUUGAAUUAAGUAAUUCAACUUAAGUAUUGUGUUUAUGCAGAGCUUCAAGUCUGUUCAGAGCAUAUCACAUAUAUUAUCUUCCUGUAAUUUGUAAAACACCCAUGUAAAGAGAGGUCAGUUUUAUCUUCAUUUUGAGGAGUGAGGGUCUGAGGUUGGUCUCAGUGAAUUUAUGACAUUCAAACCAGGGGUGACUUGAUUCAUAGCUCAGUUUGUGAACUACCGUAUUUUUUGCUCUAUAACACGCACCCGACCAUAACACGCACGUAGUUUUUAGAGGAGGAAAACAAGAAAAAAAAAUAUUCUAAACGAAACAGUGGAUGUAUGAUUUUUGUGGUUCAUCCUGUGGCCACAGACAUGUGAUCUGACAGUGAGUUUGGAGUAGCCCAGUGCAAAAAUCCUGAGGAUCCAUGUGGAUCCAUGCUUUGUAACCACGUUUUUGCACCACUGCAGCCCCAGGCAACAGUGGGUGCGUGAUUUUUGGGGUGCAAGAUGUAGCCAUGGACAUGCUAUGUGAUCUGAUGGUGAAUUUGGGGUGACCCAGUGCAAAAAUCCUGAGGAUGCAUGUGGAUCCAUGCUUUGUAACCACGUUUUAAGUGGGGAGGGAAGGAAAAGCACUCAAGGGGCAAGGAGCAUGCGUGGAGUGGGUGGAGAAGGAUGCUGCUAAUAAUGAAGAAGAGGGGUAUAAGGGGAGAAGGCUCCUCUCCUCUCCCACUUUGCUCCUUUAAAGCAAGCAGUCUCUGCUUUUCUUCCUCCUCCCCGCUCAUCCCCGGCUUAGCGAGCUGAAAAACUUUGCUGCUAUGUAGCGAGCUGAGUGGGGGGGAGAGAGGGACAGAGAGCCUGCUUGCUUUAAAGGAACCAACCGGACAGGAGCCGCUUACUCCUUUAAAGAAGGAGCUUUGCUCCUUUAAAGAAGCAGGCUCUCUGUCCCUCUCUCCUCCCCACUCAGCGGCUCUUCUCCCGCUUUGCUGUUUCAAAGCGAGCCACGGAGAAGGGAAGGAAGGGGAACCAUGGAUCCUCUGCUCACGACUGCAGCAGAUCCCUCCCGCCACCCGUAAGCAUUCCCUCCAUAACACGCACAGACAUUUCCCCUUACUUUCUAGGAGGAAAAAAGUGAGUGUUAUGGUGCAAAAAAUACGGUACCCUGCCCAUACAUACAUGAAAAGGAAGCGGGACCAGAGAUCCACAGGCCCAUUUUAUUCAUUUAAAUAUCUACACAGAGUAGUCCCAUUGCCAUAGCUGCAUUGAGGAGAUACCAUAUGAGCUGGAGCAUUCAUGCAGAUGCUCAGUCCUUUGGAAGCCUCACUUAAAUAAUAACUCCCUCAAAAAGUGGUGAAGUUAAAAAUUGCAUCUGAUGGGCUUCAGCUGUCCACACACUAAUGUGAAUGCUCUGGUUUAUUAUAUGAUAUUUUCUCCCUGCAGCAGGACCAUUUCGUGUGAUGAAUUUUUAAACAUAGGAAAUAGGGCACGUAAGUCCACCAUACUACCUUAAAAGGAAGCUUUGGAGAACACACUGAUAGCCACCCUAUUGGUCCCUGGCACAGCCAAUCAACACAAGCAUUGGAACUUGCCUCCUGGCCCAGUUAGAACAUAUAGUAUACUAGAAGGAUGUCACAGGGGAACGCCAACAUCCCCCAUAGUUCACUAUGGAAGCACUUCACAUGUCGAGAACCACUGACCUAGUUGCUGCUUGCUGAAUUAAUCCACUGUAUUCUCUGUUUUUCCUUGUUUUGACUCUCCUCAGUUUGUCAUAAAGGCCUUCUCUUUGGCAAACAAUCAAAGGGACAGAGCAAUGCUGACACGUCAUUAGCAACACUAAUUGGAAUUGCUCGCAGCAGGCGUUGUAUCCUGCUAAGCUUUCCCUGUGGCAAGCCAUUAUUUUUCUCAGUGUCAAAGACCCAUCUAAUUAAAAGCUGGACAGACACACAAAAAAUAUAGCAGGACCAGCAAACUACUCCAAAACCCAGUUCAACUGCAAAAGAUCAUUUCGUAAACUGCAUAGAAUCUGAUAGUUUAUUUAAAAAUGUAUACAUCUCUUGUAAAUGAGAACUACUACAUUUGUUAUAAAGGUAUUGCUACAUGCCUGCCCAAUUGCCAAGCAGUGCGAGAUUCCAGGGGUUCCAGGCAUGCUUACCCAAGGUUCAUGUUUCGGGAAUGAGGCACAGCAAAGACUGUGGUGCUUUUACGUUAUAUGGUUUAUUUACACAUAUAUACAACCUGACCCUAUGAUGGAGGGGUUCCCAGCAUUAUACUUCAAGAGGCUCUUGCUUCCUCCGUAGGUGCAGCUUAGGAAUCAAACAUCAGCCAUGGCUCUCUGCCUGCCUGUAACUUUUCUUCAGCUUCUGCCCACAUAACUUCCCAGAGCCAUCACUCUUUACUCUUGCUACUGCAAGCCCUCUUUAUCUGUUGAUCUAUUUGCCAUCUUACACAAAGUUCAUUUGAUCCAUUGGCUUUUGUAAUAACCCAUCCCCCCACCCCCACCCCAAUAUGAUUUUCUGGAUAAGGGAAAUUUAGCCUAUCUUAAUUAGUUCUCAUCACAUGUUAAUUCCAGGGGAUAGCAUUUUCCAGCACACAAUUUAAUACACAUAGGUCUGUCUUAACACAUCAAGCAUUGAUUAAUUUCUAGCGUUUGCUUGAUCUGGAGAUUAUAGUGGUCUAGCACCCACAAACUCAUAACAAUAUAUAGUGCAAGAGGAAUCUUUCAAUAGAUUAUACUCAACAAUGAUCCACAUACUUAAUUGGCCAAUUGUACUCUUAAUUCUGGAGCCCCCAACAUGGUGCCCAUGGGCAUCAUGGCAUCCCCAGACCCCCUGCCAUUUCUUUUGAAAACAUUUUUUGGAGCUCCUUUCCAGCUUUUAAAUCUUGCUGGAAAGAGAAGUGCAGGCCUCCAGCUGCCCUGCGCUCUUCCUUUCCACACCCCAGAUUGCAUGUUGUUUAAUUGGAAGGGGGGGAGAGGUCCCUGGUAUUUUGGCUGCUUUUUAUUGUUUAACUUGCUUUUUGUUUGCCCGUUCUUCUGCUUAUUUGGAGUGUGCAUGAAUAUUUUUCUUCACUGAGUAUCACCAGUUUUUUCUCUGGCAAAAUGAUAUUUUGUGGUGCCAGGGAUUCCCAUUAUUUUGGUCCUGGAAUUUUAAAAGAUUGAGGACCCUUGCUUUGAGUGUGUGUUUCCACUGUGUACUUGCACCAUGCAAAAGAGACCCAUUGACCAGAUAAAUGCAUGAAGCAGCCUGAAUCUCAGUACUCAAAACUUUGUAGGAACAAAUUUCAGAGAGCUGGUUCUGAAUGUACUAUCUUCAAAGGACAUGGUUUCAGGAAAGGGCUUUGUAGAAUGUAAACAUGUUUAAAGCACCAAGUUUUAUUUGUCACAUAUAAAUAGAUGUGACAUAACUGCAAAGGGAGUUGGAAGAGUAGACUGAACUUUUUGCUCUGCUUCCAAAGUUUGCAUGUAAGAUAAACAAAGAAACUGCUAGGUCUGACUCUCACACCCCAGAUAUGCUCUGUUUUGCAAACAUAAUGGUAUCUAUUGAAACUCAAGAUGUGAGGAGCCUUUGCCUAAUUCUUGAUUGUAAUUCAUGUACUGCAUUCUAUCAGGACAUGAGGUGUUAGGUUUUCUUAACAAAAUGAGAGCUAUUAAAUGGACAAAGUCAAGAUGAGUCACUUUCUCUUUCUUAUGUUUCCAGAAACAUCAACCGGUACAGUGGAUGCAACCUCCCAAGCAUGUCUUCAGUGGGAAAAGAUGCUCAGCAGCCCAGACACAUGGACAGACAUAGCACUUUCACUGUAUCCUAAUGCUCCUGCCUUUAAAUUCUGA